UUUUUAAACCAGUAUUCGUACCAGAUAAUGGCCGAUGAUUUACAAAACUAUAAACUGCAGCUUCAACAGGUUGAAGCUGCUUUACUCACGGAUCCGGAAAAUUCGGAGUUACUAAAGCUCAAACAGGAUUUGGAAGAAGUCAUUGAUCUAACGAAGGAUCUGAUUCGCGCCCAGCAGGAAGCUGAACAGAAAAAGAGUGCAUACGUAGAGCCGGCCAGCACGAGCUAUUUUGAUGCAUUUUCUGCCGCAGAAAAGAAACCCUCUAAACCUCUCGUUAUAUGGAAAGUUGGCGACAAGUGCUCCGCCAAGUGGAUCGAAGAUGGGCAAUAUUACGAUGCUACCAUCGAAGCAAUUACAGAUAAUGGGGAAGUCAGUGUUGUAUUCGAUGCUUAUCAGAAUCGGAGUACGACUGUUAUAGCGGAACUAAAGGAAAGGAAGAUCCGUAACGAAGUAUUCCCUUCAAAUAGUAACAAGCGAAUGCGACCGAACCAGAAAGAAUAUCUCAAGAAGAAAAAACAAAAGAAGCAACAACGUUUCAAGGAACUUGAAGAAGAACGAGAGUCGGAGAAAAACAAAUGGCUUCAAUUUGCAGCGAAGAACACCAAAAAGACUGGUGUAAAGUGUAAAAGCAUAUUCGCCUCGCCGGAAAAUGUAAAUGGGCGGGUCGGAAUCGGCACCUGUGGCGUUUCGGGUAAACCGAUGACCGAGUUCACCCACGGGGAAAAGUAUCGCAAAGGGGUGUAGGUGGCAGGGCUUGUUUAUUGAAUGUUUUCUACGUAACAUACUUGCGCUCUAUCGGAUUAUCCAAUAUUCUUAGCUGUUUUCUUCGAAACAUCUACAGCGCAUCCGCUGCUGCAUUAAUCGUGAAAGUUUUGAUCCAAACGGAAUAGUUUUUACGAAAAUAUUCACGGAAAACCUUCCUUUAGUGAGACAUCUGUGAAUUUGCUCUCGACAUAGUAUUGUGGUUAGUGCUUAGAAUAUUAGUUUUUGUCUAAGCCACUUGCCCAGCCACUUACCCACAGUCACCCAGCUUACCAGCGACAAAUUCGAUGAAAGUUGAGAAACCCCGGUUUAAAAUUGGG